CUGUGAAGACGGUUUUACGGAGUUGUCAAUCUUUAUUUUUUAAAUGUAAUUCUUUGCGUUCUGUAGAAAACUUGUCUUCAAAUAUGCGUCAAAGAUUUUCGGCAUCAGCUACGUAUAGAGGAUUUAGAAAAUAUCAAGGAAGACGUGAAAUACCAGCGGUAGUUAAUGUUAAUAAUGUGAAAGAUCUUAUUUACUCUAUGAAUACCGCGGAACGACAAGUUUUACUAGAGGAGCUUCAAGCUUUUCAAAGCAAGUCACAAGCCGAGAAAGAUCAGAAUUGUCCCCCAACUGUUCAACAGCUUCGUGCUAUUGGCAUACACUAUGCACUUCCAUUUGUUGGAUUUGGAUUUCUGGAUAACUUUAUAAUGAUCAUUGCAGGAGAUUACAUUGAUACCACAAUUGGCCUGACUUUAGGAAUAUCAACAAUGGCAGCUGCAGGCCUAGGUAACACUCUUUCUGAUAUAGCAGGCAUUGGUUCAGCAUGGUAUGUUGAAAGUUUAGCAUCUCGAGUUGGAGUACAUAUGCCAGAACUGACCCCAACACAGUUAGAGAUGUCAUCCACUCAGUGGAGUAUAAACAUGGGUCGAGCUAUCGGUAUCACCCUUGGAUGUUUAUUAGGCAUGCUUCCACUUCUUUUUCUGCAUGACAGGGGGAAACUAAAAGGAGGAUUGGAUGAUAAUAAUUCAGACACCAAACCACCUAACUGAAGCUAUAUCAACAAAUCCACCAUGUUUAAAGCCAUACCAUGAUGGUCCCAUUGGUGUCACUGUAAUUUUGGAAAUCAUAAAUUUAAUCAUUUUUGCACUGUUAGUUAUAGUGAUUGUCACAUGAAUAUACUUAUGUUUGUUCAACUUUCUUUAAAUUUAACUGUAGUAUGAAUCACGUACAUAUAAACCUGACUGUUAGUAACUUGUAUAGAGUUGGAUUAUCUGAGGUUUGAUCUGCACAUUCACAGUAUUGUUUCUGUUUACCAUCUCAUAAGUCUUGUUCUUAAAUACUUUCUUUUGUCAAGGCUUUCUUUGUAUUUUAGCUCUAAGAUUAGAUUAAUAUUUUUUCAUGUCUUUCUCUCACGUAUAUAUAUUUAGAGCAGUUUUGAAAACUAAAUGGAAAUUCAGUUUCAAUUUUAUAUUUAUACUGAACUUCUCCAAACAUUUCAGCAUCUUCUAGGUAACUAAAAAUAAAUCAUAAACCAAGAUUUAUGAUUUUUGGUUAAUAAUUUAUUUCAGUUCCCUAAUGGAAGUUGAAGUUUUCGUAUUAGCUUUGCUCAAUAUUCCAAAGUUUUAAUAGCUGAUAAUAAAACAUUUCUUACGGGUAUAAUAUUAAGUAAGAUACAUACUAAUAAUGCUAUUAGUAAUAUAAAAUAAUGCUAUUACUAAUAAUGCUAAAAUAAUUUUGUAGUUUAGAUUUGUAUCUCUGUUUUCAAAACUGACAGCAUUGUCCACAGUGUGAGCAUUCCAAGUGUUUCUUCUUACUGAGUGAGUUUGUGUUUUCUCACUUGAUCAAGAUUUUUAGUUUGUUCCUAAUUGUGUAAAAUGUUAAUUAUUAAAAAAGAUCUAAAUUUAAUAUUCCUGAUUUUAGAACUACUACUGAAAAAUAUUCUAUUUUUUUGGUAGAUUAAUAAUAGAUUAUUAAGCUUUAUAUAUAAGUCUUUCAUGCUAUUCUUUUUUUAUUUGCUUUCAGCCUUUUAAGUAGUUUAUUUAUAAUACCUGGCUAGUGUUUGGAUAGUGUACUAGAUUGUAUGUUUGGGUAGUAUACUACAGUAUUUCCCAAACCUUUGUCACCCAUGCCCCCUCUUUAAUGAAUAUGGUUUCUUGGCCCCUUUAUUAAACGAGGGUGAGAGUGAGUUAAGUGACAAGAUGCAAUACGUGUUAUAGUAAUUGCUUAUUAUUUUAAUCAAUUCAUUGUUGGUAAAAGAGUAGUGAUGACUAGCUGCCUUGCCUCUA